CGCAAAUGAAAAACUUCCCACAGAUAGAUAGAACUCUCUCUUUCACACUUGUCCUCAGCUAUCAGAAUUGCCUGUCACUUCCUUUCUCGGUUCCAUAACUGCUAUAAAUAAUUACUACUACUAUUAUACUCCUCCAUUCUCAUCCACUCCUCGAAAAGAAUCAAAACCCAAUAUACUUUAACACAAAAACAAAUAAAAAUAAACCAGGCCCCUUAACCCCUUAACCCCUCUAUAUGCUUCUGUUUCUUUGAGACUUCUCUCUCUCUCUCUCUCUCUCUCUCUCUUUGUGUCUGUGUGUGUAAUGGCAGUGACAAUGCACACAAAGUCGGACUCAGAGGUGACGAUGAGCAUGGACCAAGGCUUCUCACCACCACGUUCACCACGCAGGCCAGUGCUAUACUACGUGCAAAGCCCAUCAAACCACGACGUGGAGAAAAUGUCAUACGGGUCAAGCCCUAUGGGCUCACCCCAACACCACUACUAUCACUGCUCACCGAUUCAUCACUCGCGCGAGUCAUCCACUUCGCGAUUCUCUGCUUCUCUCAAGAACCCCAGAAGCCUAUACACUUGGAAGAAGCUCCAGAAAGAGACUACAGAUGGAGAUGAUGAAGAUGAUGAGGAAAAUGGAGGUUAUUUUGGAGGGUCUGGGCGCUCUGUGAGGUUGUACUUUUGCUUUGUUUUCUUGUUCGUUUUGUUGUUCACUGUGUUCUCUUUGAUCUUGUGGGGUGCUAGCAAGAGUUACAAGCCUAAAGUCUUCGUUAAGAACAUAGUAUUCGAGAACUUUUAUAUACAAGCAGGGAGUGAUCACUCAGGGGUGCCAACAGAUAUGCUGUCAUUGAAUUCAACGGUGAAGAUCUUGUACAGAAAUCCUGCCACCUUUUUCGGUGUCCAUGUCACAGCUACCCCUCUGCAACUUCAAUAUUAUCAGCUCCAGCUUGCCUCUGGUCAGAUGAAAAAGUUUUAUCAGUCAAGGAAGAGCCAGAGAACGGUUGUGACAGUGGUGCUAGGCCAUCAAGUGCCACUCUAUGGUGGGAUUUCGGCAAUUGCAGAUGCAAGAGAGCACAAUGAGAGAGUAGUAAUUCCAAUGAACCUGACAUUUGUGAUGAGGUCAAGGGCCUACAUUUUGGGAAGACUGGUGAAGUCCAAGUUUUAUACGAGAGUCCGGUGCUCUGUAACUCUUAGAGGCAAUAGACUUGGCAAACCCCAUAAUUUGACAAAUUCAUGUGUCCACCAGUGAAUGGCCUUAGACAUACUGGGAUUUUCCUUGUAUAUUGGACGUCUCAAGUCAGCAAAUUGAGUAUCGGUAGAGAAUUUUUUUCAUUCUUAAUCUUACAGGUUUAACCUUCAAAUGUUUCAGUCAAGGCUUUAGAACCUUGGGUGUUUAAGACUUGCAAAUGGAUGGUGGGACUUGACAGUAGAUUUUCACUUCUCAUUUUGUGAUGUAUAUUUUGGUAGUUUUAUGUAUAUAUAAUACAAAUGAGCCUCUGCUUGCCUUUCAGGCAUUUAUAUAGAGGAAUCUUCCUUCAA